AACUUACAACUUUUCCAUUAGAGCGAAAAAUUGAUUGGCUACCUCGUCGCCUUUUGCCGCGCGGCAAGUGUUUCCGCGUCCUGUGUGCAGAAGCCAAAAGAAGUAAAUUGGCAACAUUAAAAAUUACUGAUGCUACGUUUCAUUUCUCCUACUCCCACCAGUAAAUCAGCUGAUGAGAAAAGUUAGGUUUAUGAGUGAAAAAUAUCAAGUUUGUAUAUAGUGCACGUAUAAAAAUAAAAAAUAUGCCAAUGACUUGUAGCAUACUUGGCUGUUCAAGUAGAUAUUCCAAAGAAAAAAAUAUCAAAUUUUUUCGCUUUCCCCUCAAAGAUAAAUGUCGAUUGACAGCCUGGUUGAAUGCGAUAAAAAGAGAAAAUUGGACUCCUAGUAAAUAUGAUACAGUCUGCAAUGAACAUUUUACCGCAAAUGAUUUUGUGCCUUGUCGAGAGGCUUAUAAAACAUUUUUAAGACCAACAGCAAUACCUUCUAUAUUUCCUUCAUCCACAAAAAGUAACAAAAGGAAAAAAUACAAAACCAGAACAAUAGAUAAUGAAAAUAAAAAGAAUGAGGAAGAUAAUAUAGAGAAAAAUAACUCUUAUGAAGGAAAUUUUACAAAUAUUAACAUUGAGAUAGAUAGUACAAUAGAUAAAGAUAUAAAUAAUUCACAUAUUAAUAUCCAGUCAGAAAUAAGUAAUGAAAAUAUUGAAAAUGUGCAUACGAUAGAAGAUGUAAUAGAGGAGCCAAAUACAUAUAAUGGAAACAUCAAUGGUAACAUUAAUCUAGAAACAUGUAAUUCAGAAACAGGUAUAAUAGAAGAGCCAUGCGUAACAUCAUCAAUAUAUGAGUCAAUGAAAAUUGAAAAAAAUCGAGUAAAUAACUAUGAUAGUUUAGACUGUUUGAGAUUGCACUGUAUAAAGAAAUCACCAACUUCUACCGAAGUAAAUUUGCGCCAUAAAAUUCGCAUGUUACAGCAGAAACUGCGUAGGAGAGAUGCUAAAAUUAUAUAUUUGCGACGGCUUUUGACACAUUUAAAACAGAAGGAGGAUAUUUUAUCUGUCAUCCAACAUCUAUAAAAAAUUAUCAGUUAAUGCACAACUAAGCUUUCAAACAGAUGUAUUAUAGAACAAUAUAUAUAAGACUUCUCUCAUAGUAGUUUUGUAAUGUGCGAAGUCUUAUUACCUUUUCAUAAGCCAUACCUUAAAUAAAUAAAUUUUGUUUCCACAAGUAUAAAAAA